AUGAAAAACCAGCUUAAAAUGGUGUUUUAUAUAUAUUACUACGAUAAUGGUGGGAUGAGGAUUGAACCUCUAGUCUCAAGAGAAUGAAUCAAGUGCCUUAAAUGCUGAGCGAACCUUAAAUCAUAUGUAAUAUUAAAAUAUUAGAAGCAAAAAUAUAAUAAUGGUAUAAGUUCAAUUAUCAAAAUAGUACGUGAAGCUAUAAUUUACAUUUAAUUCACUCCUAUUUUAACUAAGUUAAUUAAGGUUAGAAUUGUAUCUAUUUAGUUCCCAUAUUUCGCUAACAUAAGCUUACUUAGAUGUCUUAUUCAUUUCUUAGAGGUCAAGAGGUUCGAACUCCAUCCUCUCAUUUAUUAUAUAUAAAAAAAGUUCCUAUACAUCAAAAAUUUCUAAUGUAAUUGAACUUUCAUCACGGUGUGUCAUCCCUAUAUUUUAAAAUUUUUCUAAUUGAUUCCUAAACUCUAAAUUUUAUUUUUAAUAGAUAUUUACCACCUAUUAUUUAAGAAUUUAUGCGGUGGGCUGACUCAUCCACCGACUCAUCCAAUAUAAACUCUUAAACAAAAUAGUCCAAUUGUCAUCUUACUUAAAAUUUUAUUAGACAUAGAAUUAAAAUUCGUUGCACACCCGACACCAGGAAAAGUUGAAUAAUCUGUUAGAAAAAUCUCUUGGAGUAACCUUUAAAUGAUUAAAAAAAAAGAAGCAAUAUUCAUUUCCAUUUAAAUUUAGAAAAAGGAAAAAGACGAUAAAAGUUUAGGACCAAAAAGCCACAUGUUUGUAAGUAUAAAUGAGGGUAAUUAGGGGAAUGAAAAAACAGAACAAGGCGAAGGUGCCGGCGUCGGGGGCGCUGGGGAAGCAAGCGGUGGCGUUGCGGAUAUCGGGGGACGCGGCGGCGUUCAUAAGCUGCAGGUUCAUCGGAGCGCAGGACACGCUGUACGACCACGUGGGCCGCCACUACUUCAAGGACUGCUACGUGGAGGGGUCGGUGGACUUCGUGUUCGGCGACGGGCUGUCCAUCUACGACGGCUGCCACCUCCACGCCGUGACCAACAGUUACGGCGCCCUCACGGCCCAGAAGCGGAACAGCCUUCUGGACCAGACCGGGUUCUCCUUCGUCAACUGUAAGGUCUCCGGUUCGGGCGCCCUCUACUUGGGCCGGGCCUGGGGCACCUUCUCCAGAGUCGUCUUUGCCUAUACUUACAUGGAUAAAAUCAUCACUCCCACUGGCUGGUACAACUGGGGAGACAAAAAUAGAGAAAUGACGGUGUUUUAUGGGCAAUAUAAGUGUUCGGGGCCGGGGGCUGAUUAUGGGGGACGAGUUUCGUGGUCCAGAGAACUCACUGAGUCGGAGGCCGACCCGUUUCUCUCUCUACAGUUUAUCAAUGCAAACGAAUGGCUUCCAAGACCAAAACACACUCAUCUUGCCCUUAUUCAACAUUGAAAAUUUUAAUAAUCUCUUAUUUUUUUUCAUUAUGAAUUUUGUUUUAUUUUCGUAGGUGUGUGUUAUGAUACUUUGUUAGCUUCGUGACCUCCCAAUUUUUUAACAAAACCAAUUUUAUGUCAAA